GUAUAAAUAGUCGAAACCCCGAACUGGCGAUUUCGAAAACCGCCACUUCGCUUCGUUUGGUCUCGAUGCAUAUCGCCAAGUUUUUUCACUGCUGUGUUUGUCUGACCGAUUAAAGACUCGGUUUGGUCGUGCCUUGGGCGUGAAGUUUCGAAACCCAUCUCUUCUUUUGCACGGAAAGCAUAGAUUUUUGCUCUCUGAUCGUCUCUUUUGAUCUCCUUGGAGAGAUUUGUUGCUUCAAAUAGAACUGGGUUAUUCCUGUUUUCUUGAAUUUUCAUUCUGAAAGAUGGACGAUCGGAGAAGACAUCAAGUUGAUAAUAAUCAUCAUCAAGAGGUCCUGAGGACACCCAAAAAAUCGCAGAACAGGAAACCGCCUUCUGGGUUUUGGCAGCCUACUGUGCCUUCAUGGGAGAAGAAAUUUUGCGCUUCUGUGGGUACAAUUCCAUGGCGAAGGCUCUUGGAAGCAAAGAAAGUAACAUCAUUCUAUGAGAAUGUGGUUCAGUGGAAUGACUCAGCUGGUGAAGAGGCAUUCAACAAUGCAAAAAGCCGCUUUUGGGCAAAGAUCAAUGGACUCCCUUCUGACAUUUCUCUGCCUGACCCAGAUAUCUAUAUCGACAAGAUUGAUUGGAACUCUGACGUUGAUCCGGAGUUGAUAUUGGACUUGGAUCGAGAUCCUGCCGUUCCUGAUGAGGGGGACAAGGAUGGGAAGGUUUUAGGUCUUACUGAUUCUCUCUUAUGGUUGAAUCGUCCAGUUCCAUGCACUGGAUGGGAUGAUGCAGAGGAGGAUCCGGUCAGAACAGCUAAGAAUUUGUCAUCUGAUCCCGUAUUUGGAGAUCGUCGUCAGAAUGCUGAUAUUGAUAAUAAUAAUCCUUGGGAAUCUGCUAAUAUUCAGGGGAAUGAGAGUGAGAACAGAACAUGGGGUCAGGAUAAAACAUGGGGAAAUCAUUAUCAUGGGGGUAAUUCAUGGGGUUUAAACCAGUGGAAGAACAAUGUUAAUGAGAAUUUGGAAUCCAGUAAAACCAAUGGAGGUUGGGGAACAUGGAAUAGGAAUAGCAGAAAGAGAGAAAAUGCCCAAUCAGUACAUGUCAAGGUAUAAGACCUCCAGGUUCCAAGGACACAACUAUCGACAGAUCGAUGGUGGAAGAACAGUGGCGGUAGGUGUAGGGUGAAUUUUGUUUACGAUCGCCCAAUGAUUGAUAAAAAGCCAUUGGCUCCAAAGCAGUGGAACUCAAUCCAAUACUGUGGCCCAAUUAGUCAUCGUGGAUGUGGUGAAGCAGGCAACAAUUGGGGCAUGGAGAAGCCAGUUUCUUAAAUGUGGACAGCCUAUUUACAUAUUCAUUUUAUUCUUUGUUAUAUAAGCAUUUAAGCAAGUGUUAAGGGUCGGCAUCAUAAUGGUAAGACCUGUACCAGCUCGUAAGACUCGCAGGAUCGAAGAUGUUGUUUCAUGUCUUGUUUGCUUCAGAAGAGUUGCCUCCCCCAAGAUUUUGAAUGGAGGUUUUUCUUUGAGAAUAGUUUUAUGUAACGACUACAUAUUGUUCCUUCAUCAAAUUGAUAUAUUGUUUGGUUUUCAUGCAAAAUCUGUUUUGCAUGUAACACAUAUUUCUAUAGUAUAUAUGACCCAGUUCAUAUAUAUUCUUUCAUCCCCUCUCCCCUCAAUAACUGAACCCUCUUUAUAAGUCCUAGAGAAGCAUCAUCCAUUGUAGUUUUAUGGAA